AUGAGUUCAGAGUAUUCUUACGACGAACAAGGGCAAUUCUACCCUUUCUUCGUAUUCACUCUAACUUCUAUCGUCACACUACCUCUCACAUAUAGCCUUCUCGCUCCGAGCAAAGACCCUGCCGCACUUGCACCACGGACAAAGACUACAUACCAACCAGAACAUGCCGACCUUAUUCAAGCGCAGCGCGCGGCCCAGAAGCGAAAGCAGCGCAAAGUCAAGCGCGGCAUUGCUGCUCUAAUAGGAUGGACCCUCAUGGCCGGAAUGUUAUACCUAAUCAUUACUACCCAACGAACGACAGCUAAGAUAUGGAAUCCCUAUGAUAUCCUGGGAGUUUCUGAGUCGGCAUCCGAAAAACAGAUCAAAUCUCACUACAGAAAGCUCGGUCUCAAAUAUCACCCGGACAAGGCCAGGCCAGACCCAGCUAAAAAUGAGACUGCUGAGACAUUAAGCGAUAAAUGGGUUGAUCUUACGAAGGCAUAUCAAGCACUCACGGACGAGGAUGUUCGCAACAAUUACAUCCAAUAUGGACACCCCGAUGGCAAGCAAAGCUACAGCAUUGGAAUUGCCCUCCCCCAGUUCAUCAUAUCCGAAGGGAAUGGUAAAUACGUCGUGCUGGUGUACGCUUUACUUCUCGGAGUUCUGUUACCUUACUACGUCGGAUCCUGGUGGUACGGUACCCAACGUAUAACCAAAGAGGGAGUCCAAGUCGAGAGCGCCAAUAACCUAUUCCGCGAGUACUCCGAGGCUAUGGACGAGGGGGACCUUGUGACUGCUCUUAGCUGUGGUAAGGAAUUCCAGGAUGCGCUCAAGGGAGAUAAGGCCGAAUCCGGUCUCGCGAAAAUCGAAUCGAGGAUACUGGCAGAAGGGGAAAUCACCCCCUUUGCAGGCGGAUUAUCAGUCAAGGACAAAGAGAAGCUAGAGGAUCUCGACAGCGGAGUAAGGAGAAAGGUUCUAGCACUUCUAUGGGCUUACCUUGGCCGUGUAGAGCUCGACGACCCAGCUUUGAAUAGUGCGAAGUAUAUGGUUGCGCCGAUUGCGCAGAGCCUCUGCGGUUCCUUCAGAGUGAUCUCACUCGCAUAUGGCAACAUUAUUCCUAUCCUUUCCUCAUUCUACGUUAGCCAACGACUCAUCCAAGCUGUCCCCCCGAAGGCAUCUCCUCUGUUCCAGCUUCCCCACUUUACACCAACUGUGGUGAAAGCCGUUGAAGGCGACUCGAAAACGCAUGUUACUGUUCAGGAAUUUAUGGAUCAACCCGACUCGCAGCGCAGAAGUGCUAUAGUCGGAGAAGGACUUCUAAACGAAGAGCAGUAUAAGACAGCGGUCGGUGUCGCACAACAGCUUCCCUACCUUAGAAUCGCAAAGGCAUUCUUCAAGGUUGCUGGCGAACGGUUUAUUAUUCCCUCAUCUUUGGUCACUCUCGUUGUGAAAGGUCGAUUUAUUCCUCCUGGGAGCACAAACGUUCCGGAGAUCGAUGAGCUUGAUUUAGAGGAUGUCGAUGCUGCCGAGGAUGAUCUUGACGCACUUAUGGGACGCAAAAAAGCAGUAAAGGACGCAAAUGGAAAGAUAAUCUCAAAGGAAGACAACAAACCCGUAUCACCACCCAUUGCAUUUGCUCCUCACUAUUCCCGUGAUCAUUCACCGAAAUGGAACAUCUUUCUCUCGGAUAGCAAACAGGGAAAGAUGGCCGUACAGCCUUUUCCCUUCACUACAUUCGACAUGCCUAUAUUCACAGAUGACGGAAAGCCGACAUACCACAUGCAGACGUUGAAGGCCCAGUUCGCCGCUCCUCCUCAAGCUGGUACUUACACAUUUGUCAUGCACGUUGUGUGCGACAGCUACAUUGGGUUUGACACGAAGAUGGAGGUUACCCUUAACGUCGAGGAUGCCAGCAAGGCGGCUGCAAUGGCUGGAGAGGACGAAAUUAGUGAGCCGGAAGAAGAUUCUCUUGCCGGGCAGAUGAGCGCACUCAAGGGCGGUAGCGUUGCAGGCGCCACAAAGCCGAAGAGGCGGAAAGACGACGACAACUCAGAUGAGGAGAGCGGCACCGAAGAGGAAGAAGACAGCACUAGCGAGACAAACACUGAUACCGAACCCGAGUCGUAG